AUGAUCAAAGAGGCCUUUGAAACUUCACCACCCCAAUUUAUGCUGCAUAAGCAAUACCAGGAUGCGGUUUUACAGGUUGAAAAAACGAUUCUUAAAUAUAAAACCCAUCCACCUUCAGACGAUCCAAUCCCCAAACCUUUCUGCCUCAGAUUUCCAACUCACGCUGAUGUUUUGAAGCAUGCCAUUUCUCUUGAGGGUCAAUGUCGACUUCUUGAUACCCAGAAAAUGGUGAUUCUGUUGGAUGAAAGCGGAAGGUGUUGCGGAGUUGGGGUCCCACAACUGGAGGAGAAUUUGCUAAGUGUUCAUCCAUCAGAAGAGAAACUUGCAAAGGAAGGUCUUGAACAUUUUGUGCAAACUAAUAAGCUCAAUACCAACUGCCACAAGAGAACCGAACAACCAUACGUUCAGAAAUCAUGGCCCACAACACCUUACCCACUGAACGAGAGCAACAAAGGAACCAAACGGAUUGCAAAGGGGCUUGAAGAAGACGCCAAAGCUGCUUCAGUAUUGUUUCAAACUUACGGGUACGGGGAAGGUGCUAAAAACUACAAAGGUGUUUUGGAUCUGAAAAUCAAACAUUACAAUAAAAAAAUAGUAGUAUCUCAACUGCAAGGCAUCGAUCCGAUUUGGAAAGAAGAGAAAACCCCCCCUGCUCUUCCAAAUCCGCUCCAAAAAGACCCCCGCCACGAAGUAUUGGACUCUGGUAUAUUUCUGAAAAACAAUAUGGCUUACUACGCAAUCUUGUCCCUUUGGAUCAACAAGGGGUUCUUAUCGCAGGCCAGUGAAGUUGCUGAAAAAGGAGUCAGGUAUCUUCAAAAGUGGGGAAGUGAGCAUCUCAAGGCCGAUUUGUCUAGAGAGUUAAAUCCAAUUGUUGCCUGGCCUCCUCCGCCACCAAGCCCGCUCCCCCCCCCCCUCUUCGACCAUCGCCGCCCCUACCUCCACUCCGACCUCCCCUUCCUCCUCGAAAACUCCCCCGAACUCCACUUCACUAGCGCCCGCAUCUUCCCCUGCGCCCUCCAAGAACCCGACCCCGAGUUCAGCCGCUUCCCCGAAGGCCUCGAGCUCAUCGACUCUACGAAAGAAAAAAUGGCCAAUAACAACAACGCCGCCAAGGCUUCCACGGCCUCCAACCACAACCUCGUCGGCCACCGCAUCGACCAUGGCCGGCUGGAGUUCAUGAGCGUCCUGGGCCUGGGCGCCUAUGGCGUGGUGUAUCUUGCGCGAGAUCUCACGUCGCCGGACAUGGAGCAGCCGAAGAUGUAUGCGGUCAAAGCACUCAACAAGAUCGGGCUGGAUGCGCGCCAGAAGUCGUUCCAGCGCCGGGAGAUCGCCCUCCACUCGCUCGCCUCCUCCCACCCGUCGAUCGUCACCCUGCACGCCGUCAUCGAGUCGCCCUCCUGCAUCUUCGUCAUCCUCGACUACUGUCCCGACGGCGACCUCUUCGGCAUGAUCACCGAGAAGCAGCGCUAUCUCGGCAAAACCGCCGCCAUCAAGGCCGUCUUUAUCCAGAUCAUCGAGGCCGUCCAGUUCUGCCAUCGUCUCGGCAUCGCCCAUCGCGACCUCAAGCCCGAGAACAUCCUCUGCAAGGCCCGCGGCGACGACGUCGUCCUCGCCGACUUCGGCCUGGCUACCGCCGAGAAGACGAGCGCUGAUUUCGGCUGUGGAAGCACGUUUUACAUGAGCCCAGAAUGCCAGGGCGGCCUGUUCGAGCGGCUGGGCGCGUACUCGACCCUGCACAACGACAUCUGGUCGCUCGGCGUGAUUCUGGUGAACCUGAGCUGCGGGCGCAACCCGUGGAAGCAGGCCUGUCCGUCCGACGAGACCUUCCGGGCGUACCUGGGGAACCCGGACUUCCUGCGCUCGAUCCUGCCGAUCAGCGAGGCGUGCAACGCGCUUCUGAAGCGGAUCUUCGCGCUCAACCCGGCGGCCAGGAUCUCGCUCGAGGAGCUCAAGACGGAGGUCGCGGCCAUCGGCACCUUCAACAUGACCACGGCCGAGCUCAGCCGGGCCACCCGGGCCACCCGCGAGGCCGCCCGCGCCUGGCGCAAGGACAUCGGCCCCAGCCCCAAGCUCCCCCCUGUGGCGGCCGUCGAGCAGCCCGCGUCCUGGAAGAACGCGCUCGCCAAGAAGACCAAGCAGCCCCUCCUGCCCCAGCCCAAGCUGGUCGACGUCUGCGCCACCAAGAACUUCGCCGGGAUCCGCGCCGCCGACGGCCCCCUCAAGCGGCCCGUCCAGUACGAGAGCAGCUGCUCGAGCUCGUCCACCCAGUUCACCCCCGCCUCGUCCCUCGGAAGCCUCGGCCCCCACCUCGGCUCGCCGCUGCCCGGGCCGCACAAGCCGAAGCCCGAGGCCGCCCGACGGCCCCGCGGCUUCUCGAGCCGCCUGCGCAAGCUCUCCAACGCCGCCGCCUCCUUCAGCCAGGCCUCCUCCUCCUCUAAAGAGGACCCCCCGCGCGCCCCCGCGCCCCGCAAGAAGCUCUUCGCCAAGCCCCUCAGCUUCGCCCGCCCCAACGCCCCCGCACCCAUCCUCGUCAAGCCCUUCCCCGCCGACCCCGCGCUCGUCACGCCGACCAACAAGAAGGGCAAGCGCCCCGAACCCGCCCUCCUCCCCUCCACCCCGCCCCCCUCCGUCUCCCCCAGCGCCCCCUCCUUCGGCUUCAUCAAGAAGCCCAGCCGCUUCUUCCUCCCCCACCCCGCCCUGCCCCCCACCCCCUCCACCCCCUCCCACCCCGUCCCCGCCGCCUGCGAAGACCAGGGGCAGACUGACCCCGACGCUAAGAUCCGCAGACUCGUCCCCCGCUCGCCCCUCUCCGCCGUCCAGCAACAACAGACCCUCAAGAAGAAGAAAACUACCGACCCGCCCCUUGGCCAGAAGCGGGCGCUCGUCGACGACGACGACCCGGCAACCGACCUUCUGCGCUCUCCCGCCGCCCCCUUCUCUCGUCACCCCGCCAAAAAUGCGGCUGUUGGGCCGACCGAGGGGGCCAAGAAGACGUUUACUAGCUACUCUCAGUGGCUGCAUAAGCACGACUGA